AUGCUUCGAACCAGGACAACAGCUGUAAGAGUAGCACGAACAGGAAUUCUUCACAACCUAUCAAAAGCGCCAAAAGCUCCAUCGAUAUUCCACCUUUCUUCAUGGGAAGAUCAACAAUCAUGUUGCUUCUCUUCCAACACGCCAGCACAAGAGGAUGAAAAGAGCACAUUCAACUACGAGGCUCCCAUGGGAGGCCUCAUUACCCGUCUCAAGAUUGUUAGCAUUUCUUCAUGUGUUCUGAGUUUGGUGGGGUUGCCUUUGCUUAUCUUUCUCAAGAGUGGUGAUCUGCCGACUGCCAAACAGGCAGGGGUCGGUGGGAUUGCUCUCUUUGGUGCCACGGGAAGUACACUCUCGCUUCACUUUGUUUUUGGACCAUAUGCGCUAAGUAUGGAAGAAGUACCAGCACCGGAAGGAACGGAUGAUGCCAAGAAUACUGCCUUUCUCAAGGCCACUACUCGAUCCGUAUUUGGAUGGAAGAAUGAAUACGUAUUUGAUUCCCUGAGUGCUGUUGAGCCAUACUCAGGGACACGCCCCUUCGCCAAUUUUAUGAUCAAUGGUCAGACCUUGCUGUAUGCGCAUCCCGAGUUAUUGGACGAAGCUAUGCGACGGAGAUUAAUAUAUCCAGACGGCCUUCCAGAAGAGAUUGAGGCUGCCAAUAUGGAACGAAACGAAGGUCUUCCCAAACGGAAAGAGGACGAUGAUGACUUCUUUUAA